CAGUAGCUGUCAAAAUGUGAAAGGAAUAACCAUCACUCAUAGGGUUAAAAUGAAUAAACCGUUAUAAAUGGAACAAGGAGAAGAAGUGUGAAGUAUGAUUUUAUUAUAAAUGAUAGUUUCAAAAUAAUAUUUCCAAUAUGUAUAUACCAGAAGACACAAUUUGUGGAGUUUGUAAAGCUGUUUUUUGUUGUGCCAAGUGUUGUCAAAAACAUAAGAUAAAAAAUCACGCAAUCGUUGUACGUCUUCCCGCAAUGAUAAGCGACGGCGACGAUAACAGUGGUGGUGCUGUAGUUUCAUCCUUGGUCAAAUGUGGCGAGAGCAGCAACCAAGCCAUUAUAACAUCCAGUGUACCGGAAAGACCACCUCCGUACGAAGAGAUUUAUUUGUUUUGUCCAAUUUGUGAAAAACGCCCACUGCCUCUGCAAAGUGAAAUCUAUACGGAAAUGUUAAUCCACUUGGAAACACAUCAUUUGCCAUUGCGCUGUGAAAAAUGUGCCAAGAUGUACUAUAACAUUGAAGAUCUUAAAGAAUUCACAAAAUGUAUGCGUCCCCACGAAGCCUGUCACUCGGCCCAAUCGACAGAUGUAAAUCAAACAUGCUAUACCGAUGAAGCGUCCAGGGUAACUGUUACUAAAGCUGGUCUUCAGUCUACCCAAAUAUCGCCAAUGCGGCGACAUGACUUCAAUGAUAGUCAUAUGACGCCCAUUUCAAUUAUUAACAUGCGUUGGAAGGCCAAAAGUAAAGCCCAUGAGGAGUUCAUUAGCGACAGUGUUUCGUCAAUUAAGAAUAUAUCGUCGAUUAGCAAUUCAUCGAUUCGUCGUAGUGUUGGUGUCGCCUCGGCCGUAAAGGGUAAGGUGAUACGUUCAACGUCAACACCUGUACAUCUGGAAAUGGUUUUUGCCAAGCCGAAGGAACAGACAUUCAAUGCUACCGGUACAGGUCACAUGUCAAGUAUUUAUAACAGCGACUCGGAUAUAAGUCCAGCGUUGCCGCAACCAAGCAGCCAAGCUCUUGAGCCAAUUAAUCGCUAUCGCAAAGUUGGCGGUGGACGGCCGAGAAUGUCCGCUGUAACACCAUUACGUCAGGUCAUGUCAAAGAGUAUACAAAAAGCUUUUGCUGAACAUGGCUUACCUGCUUCGACGGCAGUUCGGGGUACUGCGGCCGCUAUUCAACGCAAGAAGAUGUUCGAUUCGUCUUCAUCGCCGGGAUUAAAUGGUACAGGUGCACAUUCUCCAGCCCCACCACCACUUGAUCUACGUCUAUCGCCAGCUGUACGCCGUAGGAAUAGUGAAGCGGAAGAAUCGCUGUCAGUUCAAAGUGCAGGCGAGGAGGCACGCGAACAAAGAAAUGACUUACCAAGUAUGAGGCGUAAAAUCCUACUGUCCGCACAAAAACUUACUACAGAGUCGAUUGUAAUAACUCGCACCGAACACAUGUCAAGUGUGUCUUCAGCCUCAACAUCUGGCACUAGUUCAAACGGUAGUAUCAAUUCCAUCAAACCCCACUCAUCGUCCAGUUCCAGUUCCAAUUCUUACCAUUCGACGGGAUCAAAUAGUUCCAGUGGAUCAGUUUUCAAAUCGUGUCGCAGUGUUGAAAUAAUAACUGCCACAACGGAACAAAUACAAGCCAUACAAUCGGUGGAUGAGGAGAAUGUCAUUCACAAUCCUUUGCCACCGUUGACCCCAAUUACACGCAUUCCCGGUGCUGUAAUACACAAGAAACUGAUUAAAUUCGAGACUCCCAAACUUGAGUCUCGUGACUCUCGGGACUCGCAAAAUUCACCAUGUGAUUUAUUCUUUACGCCCAAUGCCACACCAAUACGAAAAUCGAGUUUGACCCAAGAUGGAAACAGGAGUUCGCCAGAAAUGUGCGGUCGUAAACGCUUAGUGCCACAAAACCUAAAUGGACGUUUUUCACCACCCGUUCGUAGGCCAACUUCUCUUAAAGACUGUGCCCAUAGUACAGCCUUCAGUCGCAUUGAGAAUCUAACCGAUACCUUUGAUACCAAUGAUGAUGACAUUGAAGAUGAGGUAUUUGCUGCCGAAGAACCUGUAAAACAAUCGGGCAAUCGAAAUUUGGAUGAUAUAAAAAAUAAACAAAAUCAAUCUGGUAUUUGGUCGAUAAUGAGUUCUGUUAUGCGUUUGCCAUCACGCAAGGGUUCCAAUCCAAAAUGUUCGCCCAAAAAUGAAUCUUCAGUACUAGCCACCGAUGCAAAUUCCAAUUCAAUUAUUAAAAGAUGUGCCUCUAUAGCAGGUUCUUUGGUCCGCUCCAAGCCAUUGGUCGAUGAAAAUGAAUUGAGUUCUUUGAAGCGUAAACGUACCUUUACAACAAGCGAACAAUCCACCUCGGCCUAUUUGGCCAAAUUGCAUAGCUCUGAAGCCACCUCACCAACAGAUAGUUUUAAUACAUCCUCGAAACGUUUUCGUAUUCAACCUCGUCGUCCCAUAGAUCGUAUGCGUAUGAAUAGUUAAAUGUUGUAUCAUUGUUGUUUGUUUAAAACAUUUUUUUAGUUUUUUUUAUUAAAUAAAUUUUAUAUUUGCAGAUUUUGUUUCAAGUCA